AGCUUCUUCUUUUGAGAAAAUGAGAAUUUUCAUAGCCUUUGAGGGAUCUUUUGAACCAUUUGAUGUUUCAGCAGAUGAAACUGUGGAGGCUGUCAAGCUGAUGAUAAAGGAUUAUUUCCACAUUCCUCUCUCUGAAGAUGAACAAGGCAGGAGGUAUCUGGAGCUGACAUAUGCUGGAGCAGCUCUAAAGGACAGCUGGAGUCUUGCUGACAUUGGAAUAUCAUUUUGUUCAACUCUCAAAUGCUUUGUUAAGGAGGAACAGAAGCCCACUGUCCGUGUGUUCAACGCGGUGACCCAGGAAACCGUGGCCAUCACGGAGGGCAUUUCCCUUCUCGGUAAAAGAGUGUCCGAUCUGCGGACACUGGUCGCUCUGAGGUGUGGCGUGCCCGUGAGUGUCUUCUGUCUUCGGACCCCAGAGGGACUGGAGAUGUAUGACUGCAACCUGCUCAGGGAUUACCAGACAGACCCCGGCACAACACUUCGCUUGGAUGUCUGGGACGGAUGGAAGGAGUUUCUCAUGGGUUGUCUCCUUGGACAAAAACUUCAAGUCCAACGCUAUUUAUCAAACGAAGGACUAGUCCUCAAGUAUCAGAAAAGGGUUGCCCUGUACAUCGCCGCCUUUUACGGGUACAUUGAGCUCACUGAAUGGGCCCUGAAACAGGGCGUGCGGCCCCACGAGGCAGUCGGCGUGCACCCCUACCGAGCAUGGUGCCAGGAAGCCCUGCACACAGACGUCUCUAAAUGCCCCAUUCAUGCAGCCGCGGAAGCUGGCCAACUGUUGAUUCUGAAGGCCUUUGUCAAUUGCAGCGUCCUGUGCCUGGAUUGCAAAAACGCAGCAGGACAAACUCCCCUGACCAUUGCGUGCAAACACAAGCAUAAAGACUGCGUGUUGUAUUUACUGAGUAAAAUGUGGUCGACGGUUUCUUUUCUGAAAAUCUCAGUCUCCAUGAGGAUUUAUAUUAAAAUAAAACAAUGGGUACUCAGAGCUCAGAGUCACAACCUGAAUAAAGGCCAGCUUUGCGGAGCAAGGGUCUUGGGGGCAAGAGUUGGAGACGUUGUGAUGGUGGAUGGUUUCACCAAACCCAAGAUGACCUCCAAGAGCUGGCAGAAGGCUACGGACAGGGACUCCCAAGGAGGCACUGAGGGUAAACUGCCGCCUCUCCGGGAGCAAACUGUGAGCAGGCAACUUGCCCACCCUUCGGCAACUGCACGGCAAGACACAAGGGAAGGGCCAGUCAGACUUCCUCCGCUGGCAGAUGCAAACACAUUCUCUGAGCUACAAAAAAGACAACAAAACCGGAAAAAAAUCACUGCCGCGGCUAGGAAAAAAGAAAAGCUCAUAAAAAACACAUAUAUGCCCCAAGUCCCUCUCCCUCCAAUUUCAAGAGCUGGCUAUUCACACCCAUCAUUUUACUAUGCAACUCCCAGUGCUGACUUUUUACUCAGAUCUUCCUUCGCAUCUUUCUCGGAGCAUAGUGGGAGGACUCCAAGGGAGAACGCCAUCUACUGCUUAGCUGUGGCCAGCGCCUUUAAAGAGAAACGGUGGCUUCAGCAGUUAGGAAUAGCAAGAGUCCUAGCGAAAAAGAGCAUUUCUAACCUGACCGUCCAAGGAGGCUCGACAGCACGUGAGAAUCCUCCAGAAAUCGUGCUUUGA